GGCGGAAUUCCAAUGAUUGCCUCUUCCCCCAUCUAGUUCCUUGUCGAAGCCGCAUUGCAACACCCUAAUGGCGGAGCUACUCAACUACUUGCACGCAACAGUACCAGCUCCGUUGAUGGAAGACGGAGUAGAGGUUGUUGACCUUCGCAAGUACAUUACGAAGAUUGACCGCGAGUACGCCACGCAACGGUACGACGACACCGACGCACCGUUACUCUACAUCCACAUUCAGAUUGGGAAGGCGACCUGCAGCGCCUUGAUUGAUUGUGGAGCUACUCACAACUACAUCAGCCAGGAUUUCAUGACCCACACUGACCUUGGGCCCCGCGUUCGAAGGAAAUCGCAGCCCACACAAGUCACGUUGGCCGAUGGUCGUACGCACAAGUCCAUCGACCGGUGCAUUGACUCCGUCCCCAUGUACUUCGCCCCGCUUGCACGCGAGGCCGUGUCCUUUGACAUAUUGGACACAAAGUUCGACAUGAUCUUGGGCAUGUCAUGGCUGCUCAGCGAGAACCACCUGGUGAACUUCUACCAUGAACGGGGUACUUAUGCCAUGUACGGUCCCCCCACCUCAUCCUUCGAUUGGUUGUCAUCAUGUCAUGUGGUCUCCGCGACAAGCAUUCACAACUCCAUCGCACGGAACGACGUGGAGGAAAUGGGCAUUUGUUUCUUGCACGCUCUCCCUCCUCCCGACGAGCCAGUGGCGGAACAGCCACCGGAUCCACACAUUGUACAACUUCUUGACUCCUAUGGCGACGUCUUUGAAGCCCCCGCCGGAAUAGUACGGAAUCGGCCAAUUCGGCAUGAGAUCAUCCUCGAAGAUGGGGCCGUACCUCCGCGCAUAUGUAUUUACCGCAUUAGCGAGGAGGAACUCGAAGUGCUUCGAACGCAACUCGAUGACAUCAUUGACAAGGGUUGGAUUCGCCCUAGCUGCUCGCCCUACGGUGCCCCCGUUCUCUUCGUCCGGAAGAAGAACAAGGAGCUACGCUUAUGCAUUGACUAUCGCAAGCUUAAUGCUGAAACCAUUAAGAAUGUCGGCCCGCUUCCACGCAUCGACGAUCUUCUCGAACGCUUGGGCGGCGCCAAGUAUUUCUCCAAGUUGGACCUCAAGGCUGGUUACCACCAGCUCGAAAUCCAUCCGAGAGAUAGGUACAAAACCGCGUUCAAGACACGGUACGGGCACUUUGAGUGGGUCGUAAUGCCAUUCGGCCUCACGAAUGCCCCAACCACCUUCCAAGCGGCAAUGACAACGGAGUUUCGUUACAUGUUGGACCAGUUCGUGCUCAUCUACCUCGAUGACAUCCUGGUGUAUAGCCGAACUUUGGACGAGCACAUCGUGCAUCUACGUGUUGUUUUGGACAGCCUACGUACGACCAAGUACAAGGCCAAUCGAGCCAAGUGCGAAUUCACACAGCAAGAGCUCGAGUACUUGGGCCACUUUGUGACACCGCAACGCCGGAACCGACCAACACCAUGGAGGUCCGCUCUUUUAUGGGAUUGUCUGGGUACUACCAACGCUUCAUUGGAGGAUACACAUGGAUCGCCGCACCCUUGUCAAGAUUGUAGUCUCCACAGGUGCCCUUCCACUUCACCGAUGAAGUCUGCAGUUCAUUCCACAAAUUGAAGACGACAUUGCUCCUCACUCCCGUCUUGAGUAUCUACGAUCCCACCUUGCCUACGAGAGUGACUACGGACGCUUCCGACUACGA